GCUUCCUGCCUCCAUGAGUGGGCGAACGAAGCUUCCACCUAUUGGCUCAGAGACUGCAGCAGGACUCCAACCAAAACAGGAGGAAGGUAGUAGCGAGUUGUGCAGGUGGAAAUGGCCCCAGAUUCAGAGGAGGUCAGUAGCAGCAGAAAGGCAUGCUGGGAGGCAAAGAAAAGGACCAAUCCUUGAAGCAGCACAGUACACACGGAGACUGGUUCUUCCCCCACUUACGGAUCUCAAGCCUCAAAGGGAGAAGGGAGAGGAUAUCCACGAUGAGGCAACAGGAAAGUUGGAAGCCCCUGAUUCUACAGAAACUUCCACAAUGGAGGGACCGGAUGAGUUCACGCAGAUCAAUGAUGAAUACCCUAUCAGUACAGAGGACAGAUCCAGUCAGAAUGGAGUGAAGGUUGGAAUUUCAGAGAAAACUAGCCAGAAGGAGAGUGAGGAAAGACAGCUCGAGUUCAUCAGGAUCAGGAUUGAAGAAAAUGGGAAUCUGUUGGGAGAAAACAAAGGAAUGUCAGAAGCUCCCGAUUCUAUGGAAAAUUCCAAAAUGGAGGUAUUGCAUCAGUCUACACAGAUCAAUGAGGAGUAUCCAAUCAGCACAGAGGAGAGGUCUGGCUGGAAUGGAGGAAAUGUUGGAAUUUCAGAAAAAAACAGCCAGAGGGAGAAGGAGGAAAGAGAAGUUGAAUCCAUUGGAAUCCGGAUUCAGGAAGAUGAGAAUCUGUUUGAAGGGGGUGCCAAUCAAAGUCAGAAAGCUGGGCGAACGCUACAGCUGCUGCCUCCAAUUCACGAGACAAGAGGCCCAGUGGGAAAGCGGAGGAGUAAGCCAGGCCUCAGGCACAAGGCCAGGAGAACCAAGACUUCAUUGGGUGCUGUUCGUGGCACUGUACCGAAGGAGCUAAAAGACAUUCACAAGGACAUUUCGGUGGGCAGCCUCCUUAUGGCUCCUGAUGGUGAGAUUGUGCACCUUUCCUGGUUGGGAAGUUUCCAAGGCCCAAGCAGCAACUUAAUGAUCAGCUUACCUCAACAGCAAGGGCAUUUUCUACCUGAGUGUGUUUUGAGUGGCAAAGAAGCCGGACUAAUAACUAACCAGGAACCAGAAGGUGAGGUGGUGAAUGGGGCUGUACACAGAGAUACCAAACACCUUGGAGAUUUUCACAUAGAGACAGGGCAGCUACCACUUCAGAGUGAUGCCAGUGGAGAGAUGGCUGGACUGGUUACUGACCAGGAACUAAAAGGUGAUGACAUUGUUUACAGGAGCAACAAAGAGUCUGGUCAGUCCCGAGGGUCAUACAAGAGGUCAAAGCGAAGGCAUGCUAGGAAGGCUUUCAGACAAGGCGGCCGGAGACGGACUGACCCUGGUGGGGAUUCAUCAGUAGGAACAUCAGAGAGCAGAUCACCCAGACGUGGGGUGAAAGUCAGCUCACACAGAAGGAUAGAGGUCAACAGCCGACCCCCAGAAGCCCCUGCCAACUUGCAGGAGGACAUGUUGGAUGAAAAUGGACAUUUGAAUUCUCCUGGUUCCCACCGAAACCCGGUCUUUGACUCGUUUCUGGAGGGGGAGGUAAUGCAGGACAGGAAACGUGCUGCACAUGGCGCCGGCUACGAAAGCUCGACACUGAUCCCUUCCCUGACAGGCUGGUCUGAACUGGAAAGCAGCAGCCCAUCAGCAGCUGAGGAGAUGGAGGCAACGUGUGGUCUCCACGCAGUCGAUGAUGGACAUUCCCCCAGUCACCGUAGGAGUCGUCGUCUUCUGGUAAAGGAUGGUCACAUGGUUGCAGGGGAUUCGGGGACAGAAGCUGAAUACCAAGAGGCUGAAUUACGGAAUGAUCUUGGCAAGGGAAGCACUGGAAUCAAGGCUAAGAAAAAGAGCAAAAGAAAUAAAGGACAGAAAAGUCCCAACCAGGAUCCAAACGCCAAGGACAGCAACUUGGUGCCCAGCAGCUCUGAAGGGCUGAGGAGCUCACAGGAACCAAGUCAUGAAACAGGCCUGAGGAGUUCACUGGUGUCGAACCAGGCAUUGGGGCUGAACAAACCGUUAGAGUCAAGGAACCCGGCGGGUCGAGACCAGGAAUCCGGGUCAAAAGUACCACCAGGCCCAAGGGGUUCACUGGGUUCAAUCCAGAGCUCAGGGCUGAACAAUGAGACAAACAGGAACAAUGGACGUGCUGAGUUCGUUGUAGGGAGACCCAGGGAGAAGAGAGCCCAGCAGCAACAAUACUCGUCCCGAGUGAAGCAGAAGGAAUCUUCCAAACCAUUGAUGAGGAGGACAGUGAGAGGUGAUGGUGAAGAGGAGGAUGCAGAGCACAGUUCUGAGGAAGGAGGACCCCUGCACUCAACAAGGACAAGGAACACUCCAAUAUCAGGGUCAACAGUCAUUGCCUUUACUGCUGAUCAGGAUCCAAACUCCCACUUCAACAACACCACAGUGAGAGAUCGAAAGAAGGAUCAGGAGGACUCCGACUACUCACAGGAGAACACACAUUUACCAGAGUCAAAGCACCUCAGGAGGUCAGGAAGAAGCAGGGUGGAGGGUGGAGACCGCCCCCAGAGACAACAGGAGCACAGCGAACAGAGACAGCAGGAGAUGGAGCAGCGAAUUCAGCAGGAGCUGGAUGACGACCAGAGACGGAAAGAGCAGGAGAUCAGGAAACAAAGGCAACAACACGAGCAUGAGAUAAUGCAGCAGCUCAAAGCUGAACAGAGCCGGCAAGAACAGGAGCAGCGGGAACAACGACGGCAACAUAGGCAGCAGGAGGAAUAUCGUAGGAAAGUGCAGGAAAUGCAGCAGAGGAAGGAGAGGAGCCUGGCAGAGAGAGCAGAGGAGGCAAAGAGACUUCAGAGAGAGCGUCAGAAAGACCAAGAAGAGGAGGAAGAGCUUCUGAAGGCAAUGGAUGAAACACAGAGAAUGGAAUACCUGAGACUGAAGCAGAUUAAAGAAGAGAGAGAGAAGAAGGAGAUGGAGGAACAGCGCAGGAAGGAGGGGGAAAGAAGCAAGUUUCUGAUGCAGGAGGCAAUGCAAGAAGCAAUGUUCCUGUUGCAUCAAAAGGGGCUGAUGGAACAUAACCUAACAUUUUCUCGGAAUCUGUGGGUGGAGUUCCUUGGUCUGGAGCGAGAUCAAAACAUCACCAGGCCCUGGGUCUUCUCAUACUUCGAACUGAUCAACUUCCUGGGUCUGCAGACCCCAAUGGAGGAGGGAAAGGAAGAGAGCAGCCACGUUGGUCAAUGGGACUGA